AAUGCGGCACCACUGUUUGAGGCUGAUUAACCCUCGUGUGAAGAAUGAUACUAUUGUCUAUUGUCUUAGAAUAAGUGACAUGUAGUGGGGUUUUAAACGUUCAGCGUUUUGCCCUAUUAAGGCUGCAGCUUUUAUGACCCGGUUUAUGAAAUGUGGUGAGAAACUGUCAGAGCGAGAGAAGAAGAAGAGGAGGGGUGGGGGGCUCUCGUGCUCUCACUGGAGGAGCAAGAAAAAAACGUCCGUUCGAGCGAUACAAACUCAACUAUCAAAGCCAAGGACCGCGCUGCACAGAAGACCGAGCAAGACACGCGAUAUGUCUCGCGGAUUCAGGUCUGUUUGGAUAUGCUCAGGGCGCUGUGUUUCCAAACUAUGGUCACUGGGUUAAACGUGGAUAUACUGAGAGACAGUCAACGUUUCUGCUCAACUGCCCGGAGCGAAUAGUAUGCCCGUGCAGCUGGCACCGCUCACGCGAUGUGGAAUAUGGCACGUGUAAAUAUGGGUUUCCUCGCGAUCCUGUGUCUUCCGACGCUGUUCUUCGACGUCCUCGUGCUGUCCCACAAAAGCAACAUCUAUGAAAGGUCGGCAGUCCCGCGAGCCGCACCCCGCUCCGUGGCCCGGAUGGAUGGAGAUGUGAUAAUCGGUGCCCUCUUCUCCGUCCACCACCAGCCGUCUGCUGAAAAAGUGGCUGACCGAAAGUGUGGGGAUGUUCGGGAGCAGUACGGCAUCCAGCGGGUAGAGGCCAUGUUCCACACCCUGGACAGAAUCAAUGCCGACCCUUUCCUGCUCCCCAACAUCAGCCUGGGCUGUGAGAUCCGGGACUCCUGCUGGCACUCCUCCGUGGCCCUGGAGCAGAGCAUUGAGUUCAUCCGGGAUUCCCUCAUCUCGAUCCGGGAUGACAAGGACGGCUCCAAGUGGUGCAUAGACGGCACGCCGUCCAACCAACCCCCGCCCUCCAAGAAGCCUAUUGCGGGGGUGAUUGGGCCGGGUUCCAGCUCUGUUGCCAUCCAGGUACAGAACCUCCUACAGCUCUUCAACAUUCCCCAGAUUGCUUACUCAGCGACCAGUAUCGACCUGAGCGACAAGACUCUGUUUAAGUACUUCCUGCGGGUCGUGCCCUCUGACACGCUCCAGGCCCGGGCCAUGCUGGACAUAGUCAAACGCUACAACUGGACCUACGUGUCUGCGGUACACACGGAGGGAAACUAUGGGGAGAGUGGCAUGGAGGCCUUCAAGGAGCUGGCCACCCAGGAGGGUUUGUGCAUCGCCCACUCUGACAAGAUCUACAGCAACGCUGGGGAGAAGCACUUUGACCGCCUGCUUAAGAAGCUCCGUGAUCGUUUACCCAAGGCUCGCGUGGUGGUGUGUUUCUGUGAGGGAAUGACUGUACGCGGCCUCCUAAUGGCCAUGAGACGUCUGGGUGUGGCUGGAGGAGAGUUCCUCCUCAUUGGCAGUGAUGGAUGGGCAGAUCGUGAUGAAGUGGUAGAGGGGUAUGAACAGGAAGCUGAAGGUGGGAUCACGAUGAAGCUGCAGUCAGAGGAAGUGAAGUCAUUUGAUGACUACUUCCUGAAGCUGCGUUUGGACACCAACUCACGGAACCCGUGGUUCCCAGAGUUCUGGCAGUACCGCUUCCAGUGCCGGCUGGCCGGACAUCCACAGGAAAUGAAGAAAUACAAGAAAGUCUGCUCCGGCAACGAGAGUCUUCAUGAGAACUACGUCCAAGACAGUAAGAUGGGCUUCGUCAUUAAUGCCAUCUAUGCCAUGGCCCACGGUCUCCAUGACAUGCACAGUGAGCUGUGCCCUGGCCAGCCAGGCCUGUGUGAGGCCAUGGACCCCAUCGAUGGCAGUAAGCUGCUGGAUUACCUGCUCAAGAUCACCUUCAGAGGGGUAUCAGGGGAGGAUGUGUACUUCGACGAGAACGGGGACACUCCGGGCAGGUAUGACAUCAUGAACCUGCAAAGUGUGGGAGACGGUAGCUAUGACUACCAGCAGGUGGGCUCGUGGCACGAGGGCAUUCUGAACAUCGAUGACUGGAAGCUGUGGAUGAACAACAGUGACAUGGUCCGCUCCGUCUGCAGCGAGCCCUGCUCCAGGGGACAGAUCAAGGUGAUCAGGAAGGGCGAGGUGAGCUGCUGCUGGAUCUGCACUACCUGUAAGGACAAUGAGAUUGUCCGGGAUGAGUUUACCUGUCAAGCCUGUGACCUGGGCUGGUGGCCCGAUGACGAGCUGGAAGGUUGUGUGCCCCUGCCUCUGAAUUACCUGGACUGGUCAGACGUGGAGUCCAUCGUGGCAGUGUGUUUGUCCUGCGUGGGCAUCCUGGUCACCCUCUGGGUCAUCUUAAUCUUUGUGGUGUACCGCGACACGCCCGUGGUCAAGUCGUCCAGUCGUGAGCUGUGCUACAUCAUCCUGGUGGGCGUCUUAUUGGGCUACAUCUGCCCAUUCACCCUGAUCGCCUAUCCCACUGUGGCAUCCUGCUACCUGCAGCGCCUCCUAGUCGGCCUCUCAGCCGCAAUGUGCUACUCCGCCCUGGUCACCAAAACCAACCGCAUCGCCCGCAUCCUGGCUGGCAGCAAGAAGAAGAUCUGCACCAAGAAGCCCCGCUUCAUGUCGGCCUGGGCCCAGGUAUUCAUUUCCUUCUUCCUCAUCAGCCUGCAACUCAUCCUGGAAAUAACCCUGAUCAUCCUGGAGCCUCCCAUGCCCGUCAAGUACUACCCCAGCAUCCGCGAGGUCUACCUCAUCUGCAACACCAGCACGGUGGGCAUGGUGGCCCCGCUGGGCUACAAUGGCCUGCUCAUCAUGAGCUGUACCUACUACGCCUUCAAGACGCGCAACGUCCCGGCCAACUUCAACGAGGCCAAGUACAUCGCCUUCACCAUGUACACCACCUGUAUCAUCUGGUUGGCCUUCGUUCCCAUCUACUUCGGCUCCAACUACAAGAUCAUCACCACGUCCUUCUCAGUGAGCCUGAGCGUCACCGUGGCGCUGGGGUGCAUGUUCUCGCCUAAGAUGUAUAUCAUCAUCGCCAAGCCAGAGAGGAACGUGAGGAGCGCCUUCACCACGUCCGAUGUAGUCAGGAUGCAUGUGGGAGAUGGCCAGGCGGCUCAGCAGAGCAAGAGCAUUCUCAACAUGUUCCGUAGGAAGAAGAACAGAAACGGAAGCACCAAUUCUAAUGGCAAGUCUGUGUCAUGGUCUGAACCAGGUGCAAGACACCCUCAGAGGGGGGGGAAUGUGUGGCACAGACUGUCUGUGCAUGUGAGGAAACAGGAAGCCGGCUCGAAUCAGACGGCGGUCAUCAGGCCCCUAACUAACGCCACCGUCGACCCCCACAGCUGCGACCCCCACAACCACCACCAUGGCCCUGGCACAGACCCCCACCUCCCCCAUCCCCACCCCGGCACCAAGGCUCUGUACAACCUGGCGGAGGAGGAGGACGGGGGGGGGGAAGCACGCCCUCUCUGUACUCCCUCCCACUCCCACUAUGGAAUGCUCCACGGGCAGGAGUCGGAGGAGCCACCCUCUUAUUCUCACUUAACGGACUGUACCACUGAGCAUUUGCAGGGGGCGAUGGUGGACACGCACGGCUCCAAUGUCCCUGGAUUUAAUGACACAAAGGGUGCCUCCGGCAUUCAGGCCAGCUCCACCAACCAACCCCAAAGCUUCACCUUCUCUCAGCUUUCUCAUCCCCUGCAAGGGAUGGCUUCUUUUGGAGAGGAGGACCUCAUCUCCUCCCUGGAGGGUGCUGAGGGGGAGGCACUGGACCUCCUACACAGCUACACAGAGGAGGAGGAAGAGGACGAUGAGAAGGAGGAGCUGGCUCAGAGUAAGCUGACUCUGGAAGACUCCUUGGCUUUGACUCCCCCCUCCCCCUUCAGGGACUCAGUGUGUUCUGCCGGGUCGGUUCCCGGCUCCCCUGUCUCUGAGUUGGUCUUCAGCAGCCCCCCGAGCUCUGUUUACUCCUCCGUCAUCCUCCAGGACUUCAGACAGAGCUCCUCGACACUGUGAGAGCUACCAGGCACUGACACACACACAGACUCACACACAGAGACACCAUGUUACUAAGAGGUAACAUCAACAAUUUUAUUAUUUAUUUAUUUAUACAUUUCUCCAUUUGCUCUGUCAUUCGCUUGCUUGGAUUAUACAAUACUUUUUACAUCAAGGGGGAGUCUAAGUGAGAGAAAUAAAUAAAUAAAUGGAAUAGUAGCAAUCAUGUUUUGAAGGGCUGUGAGUCCCCACCAGCCUUUCAGCAAACUUUGAGACUGGGAACAGUGCCCAAACUACUUGGUUCUUGAGCCAAAUGGAUUGGCAAUCACAAUGAUGGCUGUAGCUAUAUGGUUUGGUUUUGCUAUUGUUGUGCAUUUAACAUAUCCUAUGAGACAAAUGGAGGGAAGCCCUAUUGCUGUGUAUAAGGUGCUUGGGACUUCUAUGAUUUCAGUGAGAUACAGGGACAAAGCCGGCUAAAGACUACAGAUCACAGAAUGCACUGCCUGUUUGGUCCAAUACUGUACCUGUGCAGUUCAUAAUAUUAUGUGUAGCAGACGCAGCUGUUUCAAGACUCUUUGCCUUUUUCAUAGACUUAGUCGUCAAUAAGAAGCAUUCACCUCAGCUUACCAGUACUUUUACUACUGACCUCAUUGCAGCUCAAACAUUUGCUCUCUGAUAGGAAAUAAACUUUCUUUAUGAACCGCAGGAUAUGCUACAGUAUUUUAUAUAAGACUGAUGUUUUCAUGCAGUAUUAUGUGUCUCUGACAUUGCAUACAGGGCCCAAAGGUACUGUAACAUAGUAUACUUUAGUUGGAGAUGGAGUAUUUGCGCUGUGAGAUACUUUGCAACAUGUUUUGUUAUUGUGCCAAUGAAAGUAGUUUUCCAGUUCUCUGCAUUAAUGUUUACUGUAUAGCUCUUUGAUCGCACUUUGCAGAGACUGGUGAUAAGGCAUCUUCAGGAGAUUCUGAGAUUGUGUACAGUAUUCUACAUUAUAUGGUGGGUUUGAUUGUAGGCGACAGUAAUGUUAUGAUACAGGUUUAAACAUAUUCUAUGAAAUCCUGAGACAUGUUAGGUUCACACAGAACGCUACGAAGAUAUGGUUCUGUUUACCAUACUGUGUAGGGUGUCCACCCACAUUGCCCACAGUGUUUGAAAACAUGUUUUGGCAAUGAAAUUUAACUUCGUUAUGUUAAAAAAUACAUUUUACCAAGACAAAUAUUAUUCUUCAUGUUCUGAAUAAUUCAGUGGGGUCUGUCUCUAACAUAUCAUUAACAUUAUUACCAAAAAGCCGGAUUUCUUAACCUAAAACAUUCGAUAAUAAGCACAGAGCUCCGUUGACAUACAGUAACGUUGCAAGUUUCUCCUAACAACUUUUGAGGAUUUAACAUUUUGUGGUCGUCGUCUUCAAAGUUGUUUACGCGGGUCGCAAAAAGCAAAAUAUGCAUGACGAGCUGAAUUAAACGUAAAGGGCAUUGAAAAUAAAAAGCUUGGUAUGUGCUUCAUUGACAUUUCACAGAGAUAAGCAUGUUUUGGUAACAAACUUAAAAAAUUACAGGAAUUUUGAAUGAAUAUGUAAAGCGUAUACUAAAAUAUGAAAAUACUACAUGACAUGUCUCAAAAUCGAUAUCCAUCUUACCUCUAUAUUUUUUUAAAGCCCUGCAGAUUCGAGAAGAAAAAUGACGAGUUCAACAGGAAAGUGAACCUGUCAGGUAACCAUAGCCUUAAUUCUUGCACAUAAUCCAGCCUAUCUGACACAAUGUACAUUUCCUGAUUUUUGUACCACUUUUUUCUCUAGCCUCCAUUGAUUUAGUCACCCUAAUUCUGGCCAUCCUAUAAGGGUAAAUACUACAAUAACAUUUGAACAGAUUAUGAUAGAGAUAUGAGGUUUGGACCAUUGGUUUUCUUUGAGGAUUAUCUACACAAUUAACACAUUUCACCCAUUGGUCAAAAUAUGCGUUUCUGAUUGGACACCCUAUACUGUGUGUGUGAUGAUUUUUUUUUUCUUUCUGAGGUCGCUGUGUCAUUGUAAUGGGAAUCUACUUGUGUAUGUUUUCAAAGUUUGUAAUACUGUUGAGCCAUCUCUCGUUUUUUUCACACGGAUGGUAUGUUUGUAAUAUCAGUAAAUGUUUAUAUAUUUAGAAUGUUAAACUAUUUAUACAUUUUAAAACUUGUCUUACAGAUGCUUGUGAAAGAGCUGUGUGUUGACAUUGAUUCUGGGUAACUUUUCAGAUAAACUUUACAAGUCAACUGUAUCCACUUGGAAAUAUUAAGAUGUAAAGCUUACCAAUGGGUAGUUAGUUGCUUCUUGUGGUAAGAUUAUACACGCUUCAAUCUCGCUUAGAUCUUGUACUAUAAAAUUGCAGUUGGUUUACUUGAUCAUAAGUUUAUUAGUACUUUAUCUGUAAGAAUGAAAAUCCAAAGUAUAUAAACAUGAAUAUACAGUAUGUAUAGUACUAUAGUAUUGUAAUUGUUAUUACAAAAUGUUAUAUUUAGUCUAUUAGUGUAAGUUGAUUGAAGAUUUUAACAUUUCUUAAAUGUAAAGUAACAGAAAGAUCACGUUUUACACAGUCUCAGCUUGAAUGAGAUAGGCCUACAUGUUUUUGGCAAGGUGAACAAUGCUGUAAAAUAAAAAUAUUUUAUAGUAA